ACGAAAGGUGAUGAACAGCGUAAUGGUUUACAGUAUAUGUAUCUACAGAGUAGUUUAUCGAUGAUUCACAAUGUGAAGAAAUUGAAACUCGUACAACGGUGGACUACUUCAUAGACGCGUUAUAAGCCUUUUUUAGUUGGCUCAGGAUUUAUUUAUUAACAAAAGAAAAGCAAAUAUUUCUGCAUUAUCGACAUUUUACAUUUUCCAACACAGUGUCUUAUGCUAGAUAGCGUUUUAUUCUAAAUUUUAAUUUGAGGCCCUGUUUGCUUUUAAGAAAACAACAAAAAUGGCUGCAAUUUUACGCGUUAAACGUAGACACAACGAUGAACCGUUAAAUGCUUUGGUGAUCGCAUGUAAACGAUGUAAAACUACCGAAAAUGAUGAGACUGAAAAUGCGACUGAUUUAACAUCAGUAACUGCGGUUGUGAAAUUCGCUGGAACAAUCACGAAUCAGAACGAAGAUGUGAUUGAACAUUUAGUAAAAACAGUAGGUAAAAAUGAAUUAAAAGCAAAUUAUAAGCAACAUGUUGUGGAUGUUAAGAAUGUAAUACGCGAAAGGAUUAAACAAAAAUCUAUCGAGAAUAGAUACAAAGUCGUUAAUUGUUGUCGUUCUUUGGAUACAUUGAAUACUAAUGAAUUAGAAGAUACUAUGACUGUAAUAGAUGUUGAAGAUUCUUUUUCGUGUUCAACUGCAAAAAAUCUAGAUUCUGAAACGUUAGAAAAUUUUGUAUAUGACUUGUAUUAUACUCAAACGGGUAGUGAUAUGAUAAUAGAUGAUAUUGUAUCUAUUCAUGGUCUUGAACAAGAAUUUGUAUUUGAUAUGAAUAGAGACGAAGAUGGUUCCAGUAAUGGAUAUGAAACUGAAGAUUCCAAUUCAGAAUCUCACUGGUGGAAUGAUUAUCCGGAUACUGAACAUUCAGAUUUAUCUGUAGAUGAAGACGACAUGAGAAGAGCUGUCAUGAAAAUUAACUUAGAUGAUGAGGAAUCAUCAGAUCUUUCAAGCGAAGAUGAUUUUGUAUGUGCUAUAAAUAAGGAUGAUGUGGAACAAUAUGGUUAUAAAUAUGCACGGUAUAAAGCACAAAUAAAACAAGAAUUGAGUGGUGCUGAAAGUGAUUCAAGUGAUGGUGUUUUUUGCAUCAUAUGACGAUGACCAUGAUAUUAUAUCCUUAGAAAAAUUAUCUUGGUAAAGAUGUGGAAUAAUUAUAAUUGUGUAAAAGGCCCUCAAUGAAUAUAUCACUAGGUUUGUAUUUGCGGCAGAUAGUUUUUAAAAUGUAUGUCUUAUGAUUAUGAUUGCAUUUUAUACUUAUAUUAUCUUCAUUUAUACUUUAUCUAUAUUAGUGUGACAAGUGUGAUAAAUGUAAUAGUAGUUGUGACAGUAUGCCUUGAUUAUUUUUAUAUUAGUAAUGUAUAUCAUUUGAAACAAAACAAAAAAUAUUUUGAAUAUGAGGAGGAUAAAAUGAAAAUCUAAUUAAAUAAUAAGUGAAAUUAUUAUAGAUACUCUAUUCCUUUGGCUUCUUCUAUUUUAAUACCUGCAACAAAAUAAUUAUGGUUUGUAAAGGUUGUAGAAUUUUAUUUGCAUGUUUAUAUAUUUAUUACAUAUUUGUAUAGAUAUAUCUUGUGUGUAAAAUUCAUCUAUCAAAAUAAAAACAAUAAAGUAAGCCUAGCAUCAAGAUGUUUGACAAAGGAAGAUGUUUAGAAAUAUGAAAAAGAAAAUUAUUCUUAUUGAAAGAAUGAUGCGUAACACUAUGCCACGUUAUAUAAACGUGAUGGAAGUACCGGAUAGAGAUUUACAAAUUUUCGCAACAAGUUAUCUUCCGCUAUAUAAUGUUAAAUUUCAUAUUCAAGGUUUAUGCGUAAUAAAUUCCGACCACUUUUUCUUUCUGAGGGAAUUAAUUAAUAAGUAUUGCUUUAUAAAUAAUAUAACAAGAAUACUCUCAUGAAAGUAUUUCAGAAUACAUUCUAUAUAAAUUUAUCGGGAGAAAGCAUUUUACAUUAAUUGUGUAUAUGAAAGUCAACAAUAAUCGUAGGAAGUUAUUUAAAUCAAGUAAAUAGCCGAUAUUCUUGACGGCACUUUCUGCAUCAGAAUUCCGUAUUAAUUAAUAUUUAAACUCCUAUCAAAUUUUUAUCAUGAGGUCUUCACACGAAGAAGUUGAUGUCUUUUUAAUGAACUCGUCAUAUGAUAUGGGUAGUACUGCGUAUACACGUAACAUGACCUUAACUCUAAUUUUUACAUUUACGCGCUCGCAAUGAGACAUGACUUGUAUACAAGUACUCGCGGUGCUUUUUGAUUGUAUAUGUGUGUUCAUGUUUAUGUUAUGUAUCUGUGUGUACGUGUUUAUAUGUACCUGUGUGUAUGUAUUUAUGUAAACUGUGUCAUUAAAAGUUCGCCGAUUUUUAUCGGAAUUUAAACUAUGGUAA